GUGGACAGCUUUCCUACAUAAUUUUUUUAAAAAAGAAAGGACUGCCGUUUCCAUUCAAAUCACACUGAUCAGAUGGGAUUUCCUAAGGAUUUUAGUUUCUUCUCAGAAGAGUUCUUUCCAUGUGAAGAAAGGCUGACGAUGAAAACGUGGUGACACAGUAUGUUAGAAUUAUAACAUCCUUCACUGCAUAGUGGUAGGAUGCUGGACCCCAAUGAUUCCCUGCAUGGUAUUACUGGUAAUGUGCAUUAAAGACUGAAGAUAGCUGCUGAUUAGAGUUAACACUUGAAAGUGGACAUAGUACUCAAGUACCUUCGUAUAAAUGGCAGAGGAGGAAAGAAAGAAAACUGCAACUAUGCAAAUCAGACCUGGCCUGUAUGUUUCUAUGAUCACUAAUCAGAACAUGAACUUGCUGAUUCGAGGAGUGGUUCUAUUUUCUAUCGGUGUGUUCCUAGCACUUGUAUUGAACUUACUGCAGAUUCAAAGAAAUGUUACACUUUUUCCUCCUGAUGUGAUUGCCAGCAUUUUCUCUUCUGCCUGGUGGGUUCCACCAUGCUGUGGUUCAGCUUCAGCUGUGAUUGGCUUGCUAUACCCAUGCAUUGACAGCCGUCUGGGAGAACCACACAAAUUCAAGAGGGAAUGGUCCAGCGUAAUGCGUUGUGUGGCAGUCUUUGUCGGCAUAAACCAUGCCAGUGCUAAGGUUGACUUUGCUAACAAUACGCAGCUCUCCCUCACAUUAGCAGCACUUUCCAUUGGUCUCUGGUGGACAUUUGAUCGAUCUCGAAGUGGCUUUGGGCUUGGAAUAGGAAUUGCCUUUAUUGCCACUUUGGUCACCCAGCUCCUUGUCUACAAUGGCGUUUACCAAUAUACAUCUCCAGACUUCCUUUAUGUUCGGUCUUGGUUACCUUGUAUAUUUUUUGCUGGUGGAAUAACAAUGGGAAAUAUAGGCCGCCAAUUAGCAAUGUAUGAAUGCAAAGUUAUUCCAGAGAAACCCCAUCAAGACUGAAGUAAUAUGGAGGAAAUUUUAAAAGGUUUUAAAUGGACAAUUGGAUAUUAAAGAUAUGCCAAAUGAAUGUACAAAACUAAGGAUUCUCAACAUGAAAUUGCAGAAACUGCAAUUUUGUUUUGCUCUCCUAUGCAAAAUGCAAUCUGUGAUUGCUAAUGGUAAAAAGAGGUUUUAUGAGAACAUUAUUGUGUAGAUAAUGUACACACAAACCCGUACCUCUAUGUGUAACUGGAUUCAAGUUUUAAUACUUUGAGAAUAUGCAGUAAAAAUGAUUAGGAAAGUUUCGGAAUAUAUUCAUGGGGUGUGUGGUGCCAAACAAGAUAGGUACUUUUGCUAUUAGUUUUAAUCUAGAUGAACAAAAGGUUCAGAUUAUACUUCUUUAAGUUUGAGACACAGGACACUGACCUGUAACUAUUCAGUUGGGUUGUUUUUAAAAUGUUAUGUGGACGCUGUACUAUGUUCUCAAAAAAUAAGUGAGUCAAUGUUUUGGGUCCAAGAUCCUUUGUCAUAACGGACGAAGAACAGGCGGACUGAUUUUGUCUGUCUCUGGCCUAGGAGAAUGAAGGCCAGUUCUGACGAAGGGUUGUGGACCUGAAAUGUUGACUCACUUUCCUUUCUCCAUAGUUGCUGCCUGACCUGCUGAGUGUUCCCAGCGACUUCUGUUUUUGUUUCAGAUUUCCAGCAUCUGCAGUAUUUUGUGUUUUGUUUCUCAGAAAAUAACCUAGUUUGCACUUUUUUCAUAUAGUUUACAAUAUCUAACUAGGCAUUGAGUUGUGCUAUUUGUGCAAAGUUAGUAUUCUGGAUUUGGAAAAAGUUAUUCUAUUCUUAUUCCUUUGCCUUAAAGCAAAUAAAAAAUCCUAUUCCAUUGCCUUAAAGCAAAUAUAAAAUCUUAGUUUGUCUCAUCCACAUUUAAAAAGGUUCUUUCCAUAGCUGUGCAAUUUGGGGAUAAACAUAGUUAUAGAUGCAUGAAAUAGCUUUUACAAAUCUAUAAAAAUCUUCACAAAUAUUUAAAGUUGUUGAAGCAGUUUGUUCUCUACUGAUAUUUCAAAACAUUGUAAAGCCUAAGAUUAACUGUUGGAGAAGAACAUUGCACAUCUUCUUCAGUAUAUAUGAAAUUAAUCUCUGCUUUCGAAAUUGAAAGAUGUAUCUCUUUGACCUUGCCUUUGGGCAUCUCCUAAAUUUUGUGCAAUUUUUUGUGCUUUUUCUAUUCCCAUUAUUCUGUGCUUAGAUUUUUUUAAUGCAAAUUGUUGUUGUGGUAAUCUAAUAAUCACAAAUACAGUAUGUUUGUUGUGACAAUUUCACCAAUAUUAAAGGGUAUCUUUUUCUUCAAAGUACUCCCACUUAAAGGAAAACCAAUACCAUUCUAAAGUAGUAAUAUUAUUCCAUAACAAGAAAUGGCAUUAGCAAUUCUACCUUAAAGGUGAAGAUUCCUCCUGCACUUGGCUGGUCUGGUGACUCAUGGUAUGGGAGGAGCCAGAUUGAUUCCAUUGAGAGGCUGGAACUUUGGACUAUCGUGGAAGCUGUUUCAACACCGCUUGAUGCUGGGAAAGUUUAGUACUGGCUACAUAUUGUAUAUUUACUGGCUCUAAACAAAUUACCUCUCUUACUCUUACUCUGGGAUGGAACCACUCUGGAGUCACGCAUUGCAGGUGCAGAUAGUGUUAGUAAGGAUUCCUCAUUACAAUAAAAGGUAUUAAUCAAUGUUUCUCUAUUUUUAGAAUGAAUACUUUGAAAGAAAAAAAUUUCUUCCAAACUUUAGAAUUGAAUUAAAAUCUAAGUUAACACGACCACAUUAAACAAAAUAAUUUUUUUAUUAUUUAUCAAGAUUUUUUUCCCCCCAAUACACUUCUACCCUUUUCCAAACAUCCAGAUAGAUGUUUUUGGGGUGAAGUAAUUUGACCUUUUGAAUAUUUUAAACCAAUUAUUACUUUGUCGAUUAUGUAAAUAUGUGUUUUGUUUAGUAUAACUGUUCCUUCUUUGACAAACCAACAUAUUUUAAUGUUUUGUGGAAACAUUCUUCUAGUCACGCAGGACAAACCUCAAAGCCUUAAUAGUAAUUGGCAAUUAUUUCAGAUUGAAGUCUAAUAGCAAAAUUCAAAUGGAAGUGAGGUAGAAGUUCUAUAAAAUAACUUGGCUAGGAGAGUUGCACGCUGUUAACUUUUUUUCUUCAAGUGGUAUUCCACAAAAUAAAGGUAGUAAUUUGGAUAUUACUUGGUUAUAUAUAUAUAUAUAUACACACACACACCAAAUAAUCACUUUGUGGCAAUUUUUAAAAAUUUAAACACAACCUAAAUGUUACUCAAUGGAUUUCUGGAUAGCAGUCAUCUACACACAUACGUUGAAUCCAAUGCAGCAUUUUUCAUACUUUAAGAUUAAGUAAUUGGCUGACAGAGACAUUCAAUAUUUCUCCCAUGCUGUUUAAGGUUUUCAUCUCCCAAAGUAAUGUUGCUUUUAACAACAAUCUGUCCAAUGUCCAAACGUUCUGCUAAAAUCAUUGUGAUCCGUAACUUACAUUGAUACCUGAAAGUUUUUUUCCCCUUUAAUUUAGGGAGAAUAAAUGUUAAAGCAUUUCAUAUUUUUUCCCCUUUGAGUGGGAUAAUAAAUAUCAAAUGCUUAAAUAUGUGGUAGUCAGUUUUUAUUAUAAGCAAAUCUUGCUUUUACAGUACAAGUUUGUUUUCGGGUUUUAUUUUCAUUUACUGAUAUGGGAAAUCAGCAACUACACUUAGCAGUGUAAAAUAUCAGAGUGGCUAUGCAAAUAGUGAGGGAAUCUGUGUGAUAUUUAAAAGUAAUGUAAUUUUUCAUGCAAUAAAAAUUUAUACUGUUA